GCCGGAGGAAGGGGAAAGUACAGCGAGGUCGAGGUCGGGAGGAGGGUGGAGGGGGCAGGAAACCGCCAGGCAAGGGCGGGGCGGUUGUCCAGGUGGAAAGCGUGCUCCUGCUCCGGGACUGCCUCGCAUCUGAGCCGGUGGACAGGAGGUGUGUCAAGCCGACAACCGAAGCUGCCGCCUGCCCAGCUGCUGUGGCCACAGUGGCUCAGCACCCCUCACAAGCCCUGGCAUCGGAGUGGGAGUCCAGCCCCUCUAGCGCAGGCACUGGCCAGGACAAGCCUGAAGCUCCAUCUAGCAGGCCCAAUGUGAAUCAUGUGGGUGUCUUGGCAGAGUAAGAAGAUGUUGACUGCAUUAAUGGAGGCCUAGCAGACAGUGAGGGAGGAUUCCCGCGGGACCGUGUCUGAAGUAGGGGCCCCAGACCAGCCAAGAUGCGCCUCUUCCGGCCGCUGCGACCCGACCUGAGCCUCUUUCUGGCAGCGGGCGCACUCAUCCUCCUGUUUCUCUUUGUUGUACGCGUGUCGCCCCCCGGCUGCCCAGCUCCGGAGCGACCCCUAGAAAUCCUCGAGGUCCCCACAUGGCCCGUGCCCCGUGUGCACCCGCCACCGGCCCCAUGCCGGGCCAACUUCUCUGUGGCCGCGCACCCCGACUUUGCGGAGAUGCCUGAGCGCGUGCGUGACUUCCUGCUCUACAAACACUGCCGGAACUUCCGGCUGCUGCAGGACCCUCCCCCCGACAAGUGUGCGGGCUCGGUAUUCCUCCUGCUGGCCAUCAAAUCCUCUCCCCGGAACUACGAGCGACGCGAAGUGGUGCGCAACACGUGGGGCCGCGAGCGGCAGGUGCGGGGGGCCCGGCUGCGGCGCAUCUUCCUGGUGGGCACCGACGGAGACCCACACCAGGCUUUCAAGGUCAACCGGCUGCUGGAGCUGGAGGCGAAGACAUACGGGGACAUCCUUCAAUGGGAUUUCCAGGACUCCUUCUUCAACCUCACCCUUAAGCAGGUCCUUUUCCUGAGCUGGCAGGAGAGUCGGUGCACCAACGCCAGCUUUGUGCUCAACGGGGACGAUGAUGUGUUUGCACACACAAACAACAUGGUCACCUUCCUGCAAGGCCACGACCCUGACCACCACCUCUUCGUGGGCCACCUCAUCCAGAACGUGGGCCCCAUCCGUGUGCCCUGGAGCAAGUACUACGUGCCCAAGUUGGUGACCGCCAACGAGCGCUACCCGCCCUACUGUGGCGGCGGCGGUUUCCUGCUUUCCCGGUUUACCGCUGCCGCCCUGCGCCACGCUGCGCCCACCCUGGACAUCUUCCCAAUCGACGACGUCUUCCUGGGCAUGUGCCUGCAGCAGCAGGGGCUGGCCCCAGCCUCCCACAGUGGAGUGCGCACAGCAGGGGUGCAGUCGCCCACCAAGCGCCUGUCCUCCUUUGACCCCUGCUUCUACCGAGAGCUGCUGCUGGUGCACCGCUUCCAGCCGUUCGAGAUGCUUCUCAUGUGGGAUGCGCUGAGCCGACCUAACCUCACCUGUGGACAGCAGGGCCGCGUCUACUGAGGCCUGACGGUCAGCAUCCCCUGGCUCCUGGCCUCCAGAUCAUGGGAAUUCCUGCAGAUCCUUCAAAGUCUACUUGGUACUUAGGUCACACUGGGCUGUCUAGAUUCACCUAAAGGAAACGGAAUAGCACCACACCAGCCUGCAGCAGCUGUCCGGGAGCCCAGCUUGGCUGUGUGUUUGUUGGGGGAGGUCAGCUCAGCCUCUGGGGAGCCAGCUCAGCAUGGGGGUUUCAGCUUGGAGCCUGGGUGCUGCUGGUCAGCCAGGCCUUAAGAGCUGGAGCUCUGCCCAGAGUUCAAGGCCUGCCUGGGAACUCUUGAAUCCUUGUACAGCUCAGCAAAAAGAGUUUUACCCUUGAGCCCCUGUGGGUGGUGAGAGGGGCCACCAUAGGCAUGGACUGGGCCUCUGCCCUUCCUCAGGUUCUGUGACCAAGGCCAGAGCCUCCCAGACUUCGGAGCUCAGAGAUCUUGGCGUUCCCAGCAAGACUCAGAUCAGUCUCACACUGUCGUCAUCGUCGUAGUCCCGUGCCGCCCCCCCCCCCCCC